AUGACUGUAAAAAUGCUGCUUAUAAUAAUAUGUCAAAGUGAUGAACUCAGAAAUGACUAUCCAUCGGCUAUUAACGAAUGGUCUCAAAGGGCCGAGACGCGGCCAUUGAAUUCAGCUAUUAGAAUACGUGUGCAGGACAAAUGUUGGAGAUCAUCCUUCAUAUUUGACGUGGCAUCGCUUCGACAUAAUGUCAUCCAUUUAGCGAUACCAUGCACUAUUAUUGUCGUAGCAGCCAUUAAUGUUGAAUCCAAUCAAUCACUUACAACAUCGGUCUAUUGUCAUUUCAAUUCUAGUUUCGGUCAUUCGUUGGACAAUUAUCAACUUUCUACAAAUUGA